UUUUCCUUCUGAGUUUGCGAGUCUCAGUUAAAUCUCACACCUCUCCACCAACACACAUUAUUUCGUCUCUUAUCACCUCCACUCCUAAUCACAAACCCAAUCAACCCUUAAUUUACAUGUCCUUGCUAACCCCAUCGAGAAAUUCGGCACCCACUCACUCUAUCAAGGAGCAGAAAUCGAAAAUAAAAUAUAAUGCAUAAGCAGUCCAACUCCAGACGUGGCAGUGGUGGUGGUGGUGGCAAGAAGCAGGGUGACGGCGACAGCAACAGCGGCGUCGUUGGCAGUGUCGCAGGUCAACGACAAGUUGUGGUGGAGGAAGAAAACGACUCCUCGCCCAGAGUGAUUUGUCAUUAUGGGGAGUGCGGUGGUGGUGGUUAUGGGGAAUUGUAUGGGUGGGGUGCUGUCCACCCAGAACAGCAACAGCAACAACACCAUCCUCAGCAGCACCACUAUUUGGUGGGUGGAGGUGGUCACCUGGGUGGCUUGGUCGACUCGUCCCCACCACCAACAGGGUCGCAAACUCUGCUGAUUCACACCCUGCAUGGAGGAGGAAGCAAUAAUGGGGGGGCUGGCCUGGUGGAACUUGAGGACGGGCCGAGAGUUGUCUUGGAAGAUCGAGAACUUUGGGACAAGUUUCACGGAUUGACAAACGAAAUGAUAGUUACAAAAAGUGGUCGGCGAAUGUUUCCCGUCGUACGGAUUCGAAUCUCAGGUCUGGUUCCGAACGCCAUGUACAAUGUUGUUCUAGAAUUUGUUCAGAUCGAUUCACACAGAUGGAAAUAUGUAAAUGGGGAAUGGGUGCCAGGAGGCAAAGCUGAGUGUGCACCGACAACUGCACUGUACAUACACCCAGAAUCCCCAAAUUUUGGAUCACACUGGACUAAAGACAUUGUUUCGUUCCAUAAAGUAAAACUCACGAACAAAACCAAUGGAAAUGUUCAGAUAAUGCUCCACUCACUCCACCGUUACGAGCCUCGCGUCCAUAUUGUUCGCGUGGGCGCAGACACUGCCGGAAGUCCAGACGCGCUAUUACGCAACAGCCGAGCCAGCAGCAUCCAUCCACUUCCAGAGACGCAGUUCGUGGCUGUCACGGCCUACCAGAACGAAGAGGUAACCGCAUUGAAGAUAAGGUACAAUCCUUUUGCUAAGGCAUUUCUGGAUGCUAAAGAAAGGCCAGGAUUGGACCCUCGAAGAACUGAUUUGUUUUAUAAUCAUCCACAGUAUUCUGCUUGGUAUCUCCACCCUCCGAGUUCCUACUACGCCACGGCUGCCUCUCCAUCCGCUUCCAGUGGCUCUGGUCAACGAUCAUGGUCAUCUCCAUACUCUUCUGAGCCCAAGAGGACCCGAAUCGAGGGUGUAACCUCGGGAUAUGAACAAACGAGCACCGUGUGGUCGACCCCUACGAACCCCAGCGUUGGGAUGACCUGGCCGGGUGCCUCGUCCGCCACGACUGGGGGCUCGUUCUACCCGUGGCACGAGACGACGCAGGUCGGGGUGGGACCACCACCCCCGCCGCCAAGUAACCCGAAAUCCUUCUCACCCCCUUACCAACUGCCCCUUGCACCUCUCGAGUAUCACCACCACCACUACGCGAGCAGCAGUCCUUUGCCCCUGGGGAGCAGUUGUGGGGCUGGAGAGCUGUCUCCCUACCAUCACCAACUCCAACCCUCUUCACAACAAGGGUCGCCACCAGGAGGGCAGCAGGAACACAGCUACGACUCGUCCGGCAAUAACAAGGAGAGGGAGGAGGUCGGAAUCAUUAAAUGGUCGCCACUCACUCCUCCACCCACUCAACCAGGGCUGAACUUUGGGUUAAAAAUUGAAGGAAAUUGAAAGAUUUGCAUAUCAAUCGUCGACUUCUUACUUAUAUUUAAAUUACAAAGUAUGUUCCUUAUUGUUAUACGUAACGUUGUAUUAGGAAUUGUUAACUUUCAUUCACUCGACUAAAGCUGCAUCCAUACUUCACUUCAUCUUCAGUUGCUGCUCCCAAUCCGAUUUUUUGACUGGCUAAUCAAAAAUAAUAUCAUCAUCACAAUUAAGAAUUUCGACCAAUCAAAAAAUCGGAUUGGGGCAUGACAUGAAGAUGACGUGAAGUAUUGGUCAAGCUUAAGGAAAAGCAUGUGCAAUACCGUCCGAACCGACUCUGCUAGUGAUAUUUGUAUACGAUCACGUAAGUAAGUAUUGUGUAAAGUUCAGGAAUACAUAACUUAUUAGUUCAUUAAAAUGAAGUUGAAAAUGUAAUCACUUUAACUCUACUUAUCAUAAGUUUAUAUGCAUAAGGCGUAGAAGGUAAAUAUAAUAAAGUCUGUUAUUUAAUGUAAUUUAA